UGAUUUAUUACCUGAAAAGACAAGAGAACUAAUUAGUGGAGUAAUUAAUUAAUAUAAAUUUGCAUAUUUGCAUUUGCAAUUAGUGCAGUCAACUGAUUAGUUGGAGAUGGGGAGUUUGACUCAUCAGAUGCUGGUGUGUGUGUGUGUGUGUGUGUGUGUGUGUGUGUGUGCGCGCUGGACCAGAACGAUCAGCAGACCAGCUGAGGCAUUUUUGGGGGAAGGCAGUGAUGAAGGGACUGUGUUUUUAUUUUUUUAUUAUUAUUUUUCAUGUGUCCGUGUGUGUGUGUGUGUGUGUGUGUGUGUGUGUGUGUGUGUAUUUUUGGGUGUAUUCAUGUACAGUUAUGUGUUUUGUCCACAUGCACGCUUACACACACUCGCCUGUGAACACAUGUUUGGUGCUCUGUCUCACACACAUUAGGUUAAGUGUAUGCACAGUCACCAGUGUGUGUACACGCUGUCAUUGUCACAGCCGAACCUGCUAUCUUACCUUUGUGCGAUCUGAACUCACACCCAGGUGUAAUCAACCCGCUGCCCAUAUACUGCUGAUCGAUGUCUUGUAAUGUCCAAUAUAGAGAGAUUGAUAAGUUGCUUUAAUUGAUUCUCCUUGCAACAAGGUCAUUCACAGGCAUAUGUUUGUGUGUGCACUUGUGUGUGUGUUCCACAUAACUGAGGAGCGCAUAUACCCAUAUCAAGUGCCAGCUGUGCCCCAGUGUGGAUUUGGCAGCGUGCCACUGGGCCUUUUCCAUGGGGUGUACUUAAUGUCGACGGUCCUGAGGUACCAACACUGUGCACGCCCCCCUGGUAUGCUCACACCAUCCUCUGCAUGUCAGGUGCCUGCUGGAAUUUCUUAAACUAGUUCAUAUAGAGCUGCAACAUUAGUCGAUUAAUUGUUUGUCAUUUUCUAAGCAAACAUGGCAAAAGUUUUCUGGUUGCAGCUUCUCCAGUGUGCUGGUUUUCUUUGUUUUAAACUGAAUAUCUAUGGGUUUUGGACUGAUGGUUGGACAAAACAAGACAUUUGAUGACGUUAACAAGGAAAAAUGCAGAGAAAAAUGUGUGUCGCAUUUUCCACUGUUUUAGACCAGACAUUUAAUCGAUUAAUCGAGAAAAUGGUCUGCAGAUGAAUUGAUAAUGAGACUAAUCGUUAUGUGCAGGCCUAAUUUUAUAUAAUAUACCACAUUGUCUGUCAACCCUUGUGUUUUGUUGAGAUUGGCUUAACUUCCUGAUUGGUUUUUUUUAUUUUUAUUCUCUAAACAAUACUUUCUUUUCUUCUGACCUUAUUAAAACCAAACAAGUCAUCCAAAUUAAACAACAAAAUAUGUUGUUUGUACCAGCCAUAUAGAAGAGUUGAGGACUGAUCAGACGCCCCUACCGGCAGGACGACAUCAUUUGUUUGUGCCUUCCAAAAAUGUUACAAAAUCACUGUAAAUACUGUAAAAUAAAUCAGUUUUAAAUGCACUUGUUACAGGUUGGUUGGUUUAAGCAGAAACAAGAUUUGAAGGUUAGGGUUAGGGAAAGAUCAUGGUUUGGGUAAAAACAAGUGCUUAGUUAAGGUUAGAAAAACAUUACAAAGGCCACUAAAGGGCUUGAAUGUAAUAUUUAUGGACACGGUGGUCCAAUAUGUAGAAAAGUAUUGAAAUGAUAACUGGGCUGACAAAAGUGAAAGUGACAAAAUACUGACAAUACUAUGUGCUGUGUAUGAACAAAUAUAUUCCUUUUGUUUGCAAAAAAAGGCAUUCGUAGACAAAUACAUUUUCACUAUUAUCCUACAUAGAGAAGUUUCUUGUGUUUGGGGCGGGUUAGUGCUGCAUAAAAAGGACUUAACAGCAAUCACAGAUACAGAGCAAACAGAAGUCAGUUGUAUUUAACAUUGUUUUACAAGUAGUGUGUCAUUUUCUGAAACAGUUCAAAAUCAUGUUUAUGAGCAAUUCUCAUAAAAAAACUUUGUGAAAGUCAAGAUGAUAAAACAGUGUUAGGUGUGUUUUUGAGCUGUUUAAGAGGGCCCGCUGUCUCUAGGAUCCCAGACAGAACAUCAGGGUUAAUAGACAGGAGUAUAUCUCUGUAUAAUUUAAAUCCUCUUGGUCCCAACAUGCCUUUUGUUUUCCUUAUUAUUCCUGUCAGAAAUGCAUUUAUAAUUGGUUUAAUUUAAUGUCAUUUAAUUAUCUUGCUUUGAAUCUUUGCACAAGAUUCAGUUUUUCUACCCCCUUCACAUGCUUUAUACUGUGGGCUAUGUGUGUAUUUAACUGUGUGUGUCUUACAUCUUUUACAUUAUUACAUUUCUAUGUACAAAUACUUGAAUAAAUACAUUUCAGAGUUCAUUAAUUCUAAUAUGAAAUCUGUCUGCCUGUCUGUCUCACCUGUUGAGGCCUGCAGACUCGCACACCCCUCGUUUUUUCCAGACAAAAAGACAUUAAUUCAUCUUUCUUACACGAGGAGAUGCAGAUAUUAGUUGUUAUCCCUCUCCGGUCUGUGUUUUUGACGGUAAACGCGGGCCUCCCGGUGCCCAUUACCGUAGCUGCCAGAUGAUCGGUACGGAAUGGAGGUCCCAUGGGACACUGAGCACGUGGUCUCGGCUGCCACAAGACGUCAGCGGCAGAUGGUAUGGGUACCCGCUGUUGGCAUGAGUGUCAUUCCUCAAAGAGAGAGGGAAGGGGAAGAGAGAGGGAGAGAGAGUGAGGGGGAGAGAAGAGGAAAAGGAAGAGCAGAACGCAGCAGAGAAAAGAGGGUGCGCAGGUUGAAGCUUUUUCCUCUGGUUUGUGUUUUGCAAGAGAAGAAGCUGCAGCGCAGAUUCAGAGGAGAUAUUUGGGAACAUGCACGGUGCACGCUGACCAGAGGAAAUAUGUUGACACUGCCAUUCGAGGAUUCUCAUAUGAUGUGUGAGCCGCGGUUUGGUGCCAAUUAUCCCCGUGAAAGCUUACCUGAGAGCCUGGAGCAGGAGCGACAACACAACCCAGACAGGUCCAACUCAGACAUGAGGGAGGCCGAGGACGACAUCUCCGACAGAGAGGAGGACGAAAGAGAGGACUAUCAGGAUGAGGACGGGCUUCCUAAAAAGCGGGGGCCCCGGAAAAAGAAGCACGGCAAGGAGCCGAAUGACAGGUCCAAAGUACGGCGCCAGGAAGCCAACGCCCGAGAGCGCAGCCGGAUGCACGGCUUGAACGACGCGCUGGAGAGCCUGCGCAAAGUUGUGCCGUGCUACUCCAAAACUCAAAAACUGUCCAAGAUUGAGACCCUUAGACUGGCUAAAAAUUACAUCUGGGCCCUAUCAGAGACUCUGAGCGCUGGGAAGAGACCGGACCUCCUCGCCUUCGUACAGACUUUGUGCAAAGGAUUAUCUCAGCCCACAACCAACUUGGUGGCCGGUUGUUUGCAGCUGAACGCGAGAAAUUUCCUAACAGACCACAACGGGGAGGUCAUGUUCUCUGGCAGAUCGCCAUACGAUGCCAUGUACUCGUACCCCGGCUCAGACAUGAACACGCCCCCCGGCCACAGCGGGAGCAGCUUGGACAGUAGCGCCAAGCCGUUCAGACACUACAGCUACAGCGGCGCGUACGAGCCCUACUACGAGAAUCCGUCCCCAGAGGGCGGGAGCCCGCAUUUCGACGGCCAGCUGAGCCCCCCGAUGAACUUUAACGGGAUUUUCUCCCUAAAACACGACGAUCCGCCAGACUACGGCAAAAGCAGCCACUAUGGCAUGCGCUACUGCAGUGCGCCAGGGCGCACGGCUCUUGCGCACAACUCCAUGUACCGAGUCUCUCCAGAGGCCCGUUUCCCCUACGAUCUGCACGUCCGCAGGCAGUCCUUCCAAGCACAAGGGGAAGUUAAUGGCUCUUUCCACAAUUAAUCAAUCAGCUGGACACAGUUCAAGUUUCAAAAACGAUGCAAUUUGCCCCGCAGAUGUCGAGAGUGGAACGAAAUGGACUCCAGACACGCUGCACUGCAAAAAUGCCCAUUUUAACAAGUCAUUUUUUGUUAAAUGUUCAGUCUUGUUUUUCUUUGAAACAUGGUAAAGGUCUGCAAAUUAGAUAUAAUGAUUUCACUUGUUCUCAAUUCUUGUUCAAAAUUUGUGUCGACAUAAGGCAGAAAAAAGACACCCAACAAGAACGCCUUUGCUUUCGAAACAAAUGACUUCAGUCUGAAGGCAAAUCUUCUGAUUCAUUUAAAGAAAAAUUAAGAUUUUAAUGGCUCACUGCCACAUAAUUCUUUCCAGGGGGAAACCACAAAUGUAGACUAUUUUGUUAAAGAUGCAGAUUUUAAGCAAAUUGUUUACAGUUACAAUGCACUAUAUUUGUUUGUUAAUGGCUGUUCUGCAGAUGUCGGUCAUGAUGUGGGUUAGAUAAAGCGGAUAUAGUGGAAAAUUAAUUAGAUGUUUCUGGUUAUUUAGGUUCACAGCAGUCAGUUAAAUGGUUUUCGUGGCGAAAUAAAAUCAGCUAAAUGAAACAACCGGGGAAGAAGAAUCAAAAGACGUUUCACUUCAUCAGGGAAGUUUGCUGAGACAUGAUUGGAGUUCAGAGAUUCAGUCUGUUAGCAAUAAAGGUCAAUUGAGCUAUGCAAGGCAGCCAAAUGCAAUCUUCGCUUAUAAAAAAAAUUAUAUAUGUAUAUUUCCUCUCACAGGGCGUUUCUCAUAAUCUAAUAUCUAAUUAAAAUGAUGACAACUACAAAAUUAAUUAUUAAAAAACAGUUUGGAGACGUGCAUGUGUUUAGGAGACCUGGUGAUGAUGUCAUCUGAAUUGGUCCUAUAAGUUGUGGGGAAAAAACUUAAAAACUAAAUGCAUUUGUAUUUGCAGUAAAUAGUGUGGUAACGAGGUGAAUGUAAAUUAUUAUUGUAGGCUAUUUAUUUAUUUAUUUAAGCUUAUUUAUGAUACGUCCGUCAUUUGAAUGUGGAUAAUAUAUUAUAAAAACAUAUUGUAAGUGUUACAUUUUAUGUGAAUUUCCUUACAUUUAAAGUUUGUUUAUGUUUGCAUUGUUGUAUAUUUCACCGCAGCUGAAAGUCGAGGACUGGAAGGAAAAUCAGUUUGUGUGAAGUGAACAAAAAGUUUCAAAACUAUAUGAAUCCGAACAACAUGCCUUAAAAAAGAGAUGAUGACCAUCAAUAUGCAACGAAAUGACAAUUUUGGAUAGUUUGAUGUGAACUUUUUACACUUCCUUGUUCCUGCUGAAGAGCAACUGUGAUGCACUUCAUGUAUUUCUGCACAAUGUUGGUGACUGUACUCAUAAAUCAUGUUGCUUUUGUAACUUUACCCGAAUGAUGAAUGAUUAUUGGACAAUAUUUCACAUUUUUCUUUCUCUCUCUCACACACACACACCCACGCACGCACGCACACACUCCUGAAAACUCGUUAUGGAUCGAAAUAUUCGUGAAGUAAUGUGUUAAUGUUUUGUGAUGUGUUUGUCGCAAUAAAAUGAAAGAGGCUGUUAGAGGCUUUAUGUUGUA